CGGGCUUUGGAAACAUUACAUCACGUUCGCCACACGUUUGCAAGUGCGUUUGCCGGUUGAUUUUCGCAUUCAAUUUACAGUUAUCAUGAGUGAUGUGUUUGUGUUAGCCAGUUGCGGCAUUUAGCGUGUUACAAAAUAGAGCCGGACUUGGUGUACUAUGAUACUUUGAAAAUUGGGAAAUUAUACUGUUAAGAUGCAGCGAUAUUUAAUUAACUUCUCAUAUUUUGGAACAAACUUCAGAGGCAUUCAAGUGCAAGGACUGCGUCACAGUGACUACAAAACUGUGCAGGGGGUGAUAGAAGCUGGAUUACGGUUCCUGAAGCCUGCCAAUGAUCCUAUCACUCAUUCAUCAUCUCGUACUGAUGCUGGUGUGCAUGCUAUCUCAAAUGCUCUCCAUGUGGACUUGGUACCUAGUGACAGCAAGCCUUAUGACCCAGACUUUAUUACACAUCACCUCAACGUCUUCUUCAGAAAAGCUGAGGUCAACAUCAGAGUUCAGAAUACACGUGUUGUGUCCCCCUUCAUGAAUGCUCGCCUUCACGCAGCCAGGCGCCACUAUGUCUACAGACUUGCCUUGCUAAAGGACCCCAUUGUAGACACCAGCGAUGCCAUAUUUGCGGAAAAUUUCAUCCCUCUUGCUGAAUUGGAUAGACUCCAUGUGAUCAGGAAUCCCUUGGACGUGGAGGUGUUGAGGCAAGGAUGCGCGCUGAUGCAAAGAGAAGCUGACUUUGCAAGUUUCAUGAGCGUCGCAAUGAAACACUCGCCUCUUCCCAAGAACACUAUUAGGAACUUGAAGGUGGAGCUGCGACCAGGCCAGCCUCUGAUGAACCCAAUUUACGACCCGACGUACAAUAAGCUUCAGCUCUGGGAUGUGGCGUUCACCAGUCAGUCCUUCUUAUACAAUCAGAUCCGGCGCUGCCUGGGCGUGAUUAUCAGCUUGGCUAAAGGCCUCAUCACCACAGACCACAUUGAGGACAUGUUCUCCAACCCCCGCGUCGGCAACUGGCCGAGCGAGACCAGCAAGACUCCUGCUCACGGUCUCUAUCUUCUCAAGGUCGAAUUCCCGGACCACGUGCUGGACCUUCGCUUCGACGGCGGUGACCUGACGCCCGCCACACGCCUCUAUGUGGACACGUCGACUCAAGUGAAGACCGCUGUGGCCCUGGGGCAGACCAAACUCAUCAACGAGCCGCCCUCUCCUGCCGACCUAUUCGCUCAGGAGUUGUCAGAUCUUCCGCGAGAUUCAGGACCGUUGUAUGAAGCGACCGAGAGUGAGCCAGAUGACUCUCCAGGGCUCUGUGAUGACAUUAGUGAAGCUUAUGAUGAGGAUGAAGAUUCUUCGUCCUGCCGUGAGUCUACAGGUGAAGGACACCUGCAGAGAGUUUCAAUAAAGCAGAACUCUGAUACUUCAUGUAACGAUGGCGUAGUUACGGGUACGGUACGAUUAGUAGAGGAUUUAAAUAAUACUGACGCAAUCACGUCAACCGAGUCGCACGAUUACACUAAGUGCAGGAAUUCCUUUCUUUUGUCAAAUCAUAAGAAAGACAGCGGUGAAUGUUUUCCUGGUCGGAUGCUUACUCCCGAUGGACAUAAGUUAUCGCGUAGCUUUAUUAAAGAAAAUUCUUAUAAUAGCCAAGACUCGAAUCGGAAUCUCAAUGUCCAUAUUAGUGCAUGCAGAAAAAGUACUUCGUCGAAGUCACCUCGUCCAAUGCGAGGUUCAGAGCGACGACGUCUCCUGAGCCAAGCGUAUGAGCUCGCAAUGAGCCGCCGAGAAAUUGACGAUAGAUUGGCAGCAGUUUUGCGCAGACUUAUCGAGGCUGGUGAAAGAGUGAAGCAAGUGGAUUGCAGCGCAGAGGGCAUGGCUCGUAUUGCUGAGGAAAUUAAACUCGUCCAGCAAGACGAACGCCAGAGAAAGAUUCUUCUUGCUUCUUUAGAGACUUCUAAACUUAUGAACGGCCAGAGAAAGACUGACACCAGCGAAUAGCAUCCGAGACAAGUUUUGGAUAGUGAUUUCCUCGAAUGGUGAAUUCACUUUUUAUUUAUUUAAUCUGUUUUCCCUGUUUAAUUACGCCUUUUUAUUCAAAACGCAAAAAUACCUUUCUGCUUUUUUCUGCUAGCUAAAUUCAAAACAGUUUUAAGGGAAAGUUCUUGAUGUCUUAGAAUGCUACAUACUCCGAUAUGAGGUCCCUCUAAAUCCAUAAGUUUUUGUAUUAUUCGACUGAACAAAACCUGUUUUAUAAGUAAAUGUCGGAAUGAC